UAGUACGAGAUUGCAAAGGUCAUCAUGGAGGAACUCAAACAAAAUGCCACUCACUUCCGAGAGAACGUAAUGGCCAAGGUGGAGACUCUGAAGAUAAAGGCCAACGAGAAGUGGACUGAACUGCUGGAGAAGAUCACAGAAAUCAAACAGAACUGGCCAGAAACCUACAAAAAGAUCAAGGCUGACAUCGAGGACCUCAAGCUUCAACUUGAGACCAAGCUGUCUGAAUACAUCACCAAAGUCCUUACGGUUCUCCAAGAGCUCCGUAUUCCUGUUGAAAUGCUUCCACUGGAACACAUCAGGAUUUACAGCCCCUGGACAUACACAGCCAUGAUCUUUGGUGAGAACCAUGUCAUGACCUUUGAUGGCAAGGUGUACAGUGUUCCCGCCUACGCCAACGAACAGCAAACAUACGUCCUGGCUCAUGACUACGUAGAUCGUAACUUCACACUCUUGGUCCAGAAGAAACGCAUUACCCUUGUUGUCCGCAACAUGAGCGUUGCAAUUGAUGACGAGAAUGUUGUCCAUAUAAUGGAUUGCCAACACUGCAGGAACUACCCUACCAGACACGAGUCAGUAAGGAAUUGACCAUUAUGGCCAAGGGGCCAUGGGUGAAUGUGACAUCAACCAAGGGCAUGGCUCUCUCCUGCCAUGUUGACCAGUUCUUAUGCAUCUUCCAUCUGAGUGGCUGGUACCAUGGCAAAUCUCGUGGACUCCUGGGCAACCUCGACACAGAGUAUCACAACGACUUCAUUCUGCCAGAGGGCGGUAUUACAACUGAUGUUGCAGAGUUCAUUUCAGCAUAUGAUGUCUCUCCAAUUGACACGCCAAGAAACGUUAUUCCAUCUCGAUUCGGAUCCUGUCGAUCAACCGUUGAGAAAUGCAGAGAGAUGUUCCUUGAUGAAGACUCA